AUGAAGUGGGUCGAAAAUGGAAACUCGAAAGUGAGUAUGUGUUCAGAGAAGACGAGUUCGACGAAGACAGCAGUAGCGACGAAGAAGAAGGGUACAGAGAAGACGAGUUCGACAACUGAAGGAAACGUGCUUUAUCAACGAAACGUGCUAAAUGGAGGUGACAAUAAUGUAUCAAAGUCUUAUGAGAACCACUAUUUGAAGAUAAGGUUUCACUACAAGGGUUACUUCAUUUCUGACCCUAUGAUAUCUUAUAAGAAAGGUGAAAUACAUGAAUAUGGUGGUGAGUGGGACAUUGAUGAGGUGAACUUACAAGAUCUGGACAAUCUGAUCAGAGAGAUUGGGGUGUUAGGGGAGUACAAGUUGUGGUAUAUAUGUCCAGGUUUUGACAUAGUUGAUGGCCUAAGGUUGCUAAAUACUGAUAGGGAUGUGGUUAGGUUCAUAAAUGAGCAUAGGAAUGUAUCAGUAGCUGAGUUUUAUGUUGAAUCAAAAGAUGUUGAAGUUGAAGAUUGCAGGUAUGAUAGUGAGGUUGAAGAGGUUGUUGUAGUUGACAAAGGCAAGCAACCAGCUGAGAGUGAUGAAAGGGAUGAGUCUGAUCCUGAUUACAAUGGUGAAGAGGAAGGAGAGAUUCCUGACUAUGAAGUAGAAGAUGAGGAUGGAAGUGUUGGUGAUGUGUCAGUUGAUGAUAGUGAUUUUGAUGAAGAGUGGGAUUGGACUACUAUUUUGCCUACACAAACUGUGAACCCCACCCUUGCUAGUCAAGCAGAUAACCCUAAUCAAGCUGUAGUUGGUGUUGAAGUGUCUAGGAACCCUCAAGUGACUGGUUUGGAAGACUUUGAAGAUGAGAAUGAAGACUCAGAUUUCUUAGAGAGUCCUGAUGCAUCUGAGGAAGAAGAGGGAUCAAGAAAGAGGAAACUGAAUAGGUUUAAGUUAGGCACUAACAAUGACCCUGUAGUAUUUGAGGAGGGUCAGAUCUUUGCAACUGGUCUUUUAAUUAAAACUGCUGUGAAAGAGUAUGGUUUGCAGAGCAAGACAAAUGUGUACCUAGAGAAAAAUGAGAAGAAACGAAUUGUGGUGAAGUGUAUGCCAGGCUGUCCAUAUCAUAUAAGAUUUAGCAGGGUUCCUCCUCAAACUCAUUAUGUUCUCUCUAGUUUGAAGUCUGUGCACAAUUGCUAUCCAACUGGUAAAAUUAGAGUGUUAUCUGGACAAUUGUUGGCAAAAAAACUGGUUCCACUACUUAAGCAUACACCUACUAUGACCCUUAAGGGUCUAAAAGAUGAGUGUAAGAAUAGGUGGAAUGUGAUGUUGAGCUCUUUCCAGAUCUAUAUGGCAAAAUUAAGUGCUUUAGAAAUGAUUCAUGGUGCUAGUGAUGAACAAUAUGCUCAUCUAAGAAACUAUGCUGAAGAGUUGCUUAGAAGCAAUCCUGGGAGUAGUGUUAAGAUUCAAUGCAAACCUGGUGUUGGGGGGGUAUUUUUUCAAAGAAUGUAUGUUUGUUUCAAUGCUUGUAAGAGGGCCUUUGUGAGUAACUGUAGGCCAUUGAUAGGACUUGAUGGAUGUUUUCUGAAAGGUAGGUAUGGUGGACAUCUGUUAUCAGCUGUUGGUAAAGAUGGUAACAAUCAAAUGAUACCCAUAGCCUUUGUUGUUGUGGAAGCUGAAACAAAAGAUUCAUGGGAUUGGUUUAUGGAUCUGCUUCUAUCAGAUUUGAAUGGAGUAGAAUUCAAAAGAUGGUCUUUCAUAUCAGACCAACAAAAGGGUUUGGUGAAUACUAUAGCUGCUAUUGGUGAGCAUAUUGAGCAUAGACUAUGUGUCAGACAUUUGUAUGGAAACUGGAGGAAAAGGCAUGCUGGAGAGAAAUUGAAAGAAGCUUUAUGGAAAGCAGCCAGGGCCUGCACAAUGCCUGAGUUCAACAAAGCUAUGGAGGAUCUGAAAGGAUUAAGUGUGCCAGCUUGGGAGGAAAUGAGGCAGUAUGCACCAGGUAUGUGGUCUAGGGCAGGAUAUAGCACUCACACAAAUUGUGACUUGCAAGUCAAUAAUAUGUGCGAGGCAUUUAACUCUGCAAUCUUAGAUUUAAGAGAUUUACCAAUUAUAUCACUUGUUGAGGGAUUGAAGUUCUAUAUCACAAAUAGGAUAGUUAAGUUAAGGGAUUACAUGUUAAGGUAUCAAGGAGAAAUUUGUCCAAUGAUAAGAAAGAUUGUGGAAAAGGCUAAGAAAGAUACAAUUGGUUGGACACCAAUUUGGUGUGGUGAUAGGGAGUCCUCUAUGUUCUCUAUGACUGAUGGAACUAACACAUAUGUUGUCAAUCUCAAAGACAAAACAUGUGCAUGCAGAAAAUGGGAUUUAAGUGGUAUCCCUUGUCCUCAUGCCAUUGCUGAAAUUUAUUACAAUCAAGCUAAUGUUGAUGAUUAUGUGGCACACUGGAAACAAAAGUUUCUGGAUACUUAUGAUAAUUUAAUCCUUCCUUCAAAUGGUCCAAAACUAUGGCCAGAAGUUAACACACAACCAAUACUCCCACUUGGUGCCAGAAGGGCACCUGGGAGGCCUAAGAAAGCAAGAAGGAAGGAGAAUGAUGAGCCCAAAUCAGCAAACAAAAAGGGCAAGAGAAAUCAGGAAACUGUGAGGUGCAGAAGUUGUAAAGAGCUUGGACAUAAUACCAGGACAUGUGGUGGAAAAACAGGUGCUGACAGAAGGAUUCCUCCUGGAGGGAACAAGGAUAUUACUACACAAUCUGCACAAACUGGUAUUGAUGCACAAGCUGCACAGCCUAACAACAAUGCACCUGCACAAGCUGGCACAUCUAAUGUGCAAUCAACUGUGACAAAAAGGCAUGCUGCUGCAAAGGGAAAGAAACCACUGAAGAAAAAGUCAAAAACUGCUGCUGGUACACCUGCUGAUGCUGCAAAUGGUACAACUUCUGUUAACAACAUUGCUACUGGUACACAUGCUGGAACUGUAAAUGGUACAACUGUUGCCCCUGCUGCAACCAACACAUCUGGAACAAUGAGAGGUGGCAACCAUGUUGUUGGUGAGGUAGCUUUGUUUGUGCCUAGAAAGUCUAGAACAACAGGGGUUAAGAGGUCAAUUAAUGAGGUUGGAAAUGUUGGUACUCAACAGUCUGUGAACAAGACAUAAGCUAGAAGCUAGGAAGGAGAAUGAUGAUACUGAUAUUUUGGUGAUGAGACUUAAUGUAAUUCUGGUCAUGUUAUGUAAUGUCAAGUACUCUUAUUUUUAUUUUGCUUAUUUUAGUUUAAUUACUCUAAAA